UGGGACUCUGCACAUUACUGGCUUGCUUCUUAGUGCUGAAUGGCUCUCCUUUUGCGGACUCGUACCGCUUGCGCAGUUGUGAAACAGCGACGUAGUGUACCUUUUGCUUGCGCUCCUCCCUUAGCCCCUCUCCGCAGCACACACGUCACUCGGGCGAGAACUGAAAGCAUGGACCUUCCCAUUGGCUCUCCUGCGCCUCACUUUGAGCUGCCGGAUGUUGUGAGCGGCAAGACGGUCCGCCUGAGCGACUUGAGGGGCUCUCCCGCCACCCUCAUCAUGUUCAUCUGCAACCACUGUCCCUACGUCGUCCAUCUGAAGGCCGCCCUGGUGCAGCUGAUGGCAGAGUACGGCCCCCGGGGGGUGCGGGCGGUGGCCAUCAGCAGCAACAGCCCCGUCACACACCCGCAGGACGGACCGGACAGGAUGGCGGAAGAUGCCCAGAGGUACGGCUACAACUUCCCGUACCUGUACGACGAAACGCAGGAGGUGGCCAAGGCCUACAAGGCUGCCUGCACCCCCGAGUUCUACGUGUUCGACUCCGAGCACCGGCUGACCUACCAUGGCCAGUUCGACUCCACGCGGCCCCGGCAAGACCCCCCGCAAGUGCCCACGGGACGUGACCUCCGAGCCGCUCUGGACGCCACCCUGGCCGGCCAGCCCGCCCCCGCCUCCCGACCUAGCAUCGGCUGUAGCAUCAAGUGGGCCCCCGGUAACGAGCCGGAGUACUACGGACGGAAGUGAAGGGGGCGGCGGAGCGAGAGGAGCGCAGUGCGUGGAGAGUCGGGGAGAACUUGUUGUGCGUUUUGGACGGUCAGGGCGUUUCGGAGAGUCAGGACGUUACGGCGCGCACCGCGGGAGGGAUGCAGAGCGCCGCUUUUAGGUGGAACGGCAGCUUAGGCUGACACAUGGGAGAUCCCGUCGAUCAUGUGGCAAAAUGGUUUAAAGGGUGUUGGUCGUUACUGUCUCACUUUUGGGAGUUGUAAAGAAGUAAUAAUAGCAGCAUGUUGUCGUGCUUCAUGUUUUCAGUUGAGCGGACCAGGAGUGUUUCUGGUGGGUUUCUCACGGUCGCCGGGGCCACCCUGACGUGCGCUGCUGCUGCCUGCCGUUGGUACGGCUGCCGCGCAGCACGGCAGUACUACUCGGACGGCAACUCUUUUCUCUCCAAGCCUGGCUAAAUAUUAUAAGCAUAUUGUAGUGCCUGGCCGUGUUGUACAUGAGAGUCAUUAAAUGCCUCGGAGUUGCCAGGGGCCAUCCGGAGGCCAGGAAAGCAACAACCAACACGCGACGUGUGAGUCGAACUUCACAAUAUUUUUAUGACGCACAGUGAAAUCUAGUGCAGCUGAAGGGAAAGAUACAAAGGAUGAGCACCCGGCGAUAGUAUAGGAAUGGCUUCGGAGAAUUCGUUAGACUUGCAUACCUCAGCUCAAGCCCUGGACUACCUGCAUGGUUGGCUAAAUGGAUGAGUGCCGUUGCUGGCUUCAUAAAACACACGACGACAAGUCCGCAACAUAGACGUCGCCAGGCCAACCAUUCACCCAGGGCCAUUGACUUGCGCUGUGCCCUUCACAUCCAUUGGAGUACAAUUGAACAUCACCUGAAUAGCCGGUUUGUAGAUUUUAGCUAAAAGCCGGCGUCACGUCCCAUUACUAGGCUUUUCUCAAGGGCCAUGGGCCUCUUAGCCCUCGCUGGUCUGGUACUCGCUGGUCUGGAAAGUUGAUCGUGCUUAAACAUGGUGUAAUGACACUCUAACGCGUCUUUAGCUGAGCUGGUCUUGACUACCCUGGGCGAGCGGGCGCGAGGGAAGAUGCGGUUAUCAGUAGUUCCUGGCCGCUUGCUGGCGAUGCAGCCAGUUCAGCACCACUUCCGCGGCGACGUCAGAACCUCAAGGCAGUCCCAAUACGCCUCAAAGCUCAAUCCCGUCCCUCCUUUAGUCGCACCGCGCACCCGGGCAUCAUCGCUGCUCGUAACCUGCUCAACAGACCGGCGCCGCUCGCUCAUAAAGCGACGCAGCGUUCCCCGCGCGCAGCGCAAAAAGCAACGCUACCGCGACGACUCCCACAGCGCAGACCUGGACCCCAGCUCUCCUCGCUUUCCUGGGCGCCUCACCUCGGAAAUCAACAGCGCCAGCGGGCCGCUGCAGCUAGCCAAGCUCAUCCAAGAAUACGGACUGCAUUUCAGCGGAACGCAAGCCACCAUGACACUAGCCCGUCUAGCCGCUUUCGCCACCUUCCUCAACCUCAGCGAAGAGCAGUUGGCCGCUCAGGCUCGUGCUACCAGACGCUGCGUGCUGCUACUGCGCAGCAAGGUGUACGAAUGCGACCCGCUCAGCUACGCCCGUGGGGCUUAUGCGCUGGGCCGGCUGGGCGUGUACGACGCGGAUCUCAUGGCGUUGGUCGUACAAGAGACGUACGACAAGCUGAAUCUGUUUGCGCCGGAGGCCCUGGCGGCGUUGGUGUCGGGGCUGGGUGCGCUAGGACACGUGCCGCCGGAGGAGUGGCUGGACCGGUUCGCCCUGGAGGCGUACACGCGGUUUACCCGCUUCAAUGCCUCGGAGCUGGCCAGCCUGCUCUACUCGCUAGCCCGGCUGCAGCACACCCCAAGCACUGCUUGGAGUGAGCGCUGUCUGGAGUGCUUCCGAGCGACCAUGCUGCUGCCCGCCACUCCGCCGCUGGCGCCCGCCAUGGUCAAGUUCGCGUUCGGGCUGGCGUCGUUGCAGAUCCGACCUAGCUUCAAUUGGGCUGCUGCGUUCGUGGCUCGACUGCGGCCGCUGCUUGACUCCCUGAGCGCUCGGGAGCUGGCGCUGCUGAUGUGGGCGCUGCCCCGCUUGCUGGGUGCAGCGCAGCCGCCGCAGCUGCCGGCAGCGGCGCUGGCAGCAGGAGCAGCAGCAGCACGCCUUCCAGCUGGGGAGGUGGCGGCAGGGCUCGACCAGGCGCCGGCAGGCACCCCGCCCGGACUGCCAGCGGCUACGGUGCCUGCUCAGCAGGCGUCGGCUGUGGCUACGGCUGCUGCCGCGCCGGCUGUGAGUCUGGACAGGGAGUUUUUGGACGCUUGGUUUCGGUGCGCGGCACGCAGCAUGCCCAACGCGGACGCCUCAUCGCAGGUGCUGCAGCUGCAUGCCCUAGCGUGGCUGCAGGUGUCCCCUUUGUCGGCCAAAUACGUGGUUGCCUUGCUAGCACAGUUGCAGCAAGCGAUGCCGGCGCGUACGACGCGGCCGGGAAGGGUUAAAGCGGCACCAGGCCUCCGGCAGCAGGUGACGGAGGGCUCCAGGACGGACAGCCUAACUGGCGCCCAGAUGGCAGCUGUCUUGCUGAGCCUGGUGGCCUUGCGCAUCCGACCAGGGCCCGAUUGGAUGGAGGCGUACAUGGGAGCGCUGGAGCCGUUGCUAGCCAGUUUGGAACCCCAAGCGCUGUGUGACCUGGCCUGGGCGCUGGGACAGCUGGAGUAUCAACCGUCAAGCGAGUGGAUCGCACUCUUCGUGGACCAGUGUAACAUGCUGAGCAGCGGCUUGAAUGCGCUGCAAGUGCAAACGCUAGAGUGGGCUUUCCGUAAGCUGCAUCUUGAGUCCGCAGGCAACUUGCGGGAGCUGUGGACACGUGGGACAAUGCACGGGGUUGACUAGGCGAUAUGGCCAUUGCUUUGAAGGACCAUUGAGGGGUCUGAUGUAAUACAACUGUGUCUCUGGUUUCAUAUCUCGUGCAUACUGCAUCUUUGCGACUGGUUUCGAGUUCGUGCUACUGGACAUAGGAUGGCCUCUGCCGAAGUCCGGAUCCCCCCGAUUCCUUGCUUUACGGAUGUGCUCCAAACAAACACCGCAGUGCCGUCCGUGACAACACACGUACGUCGUGACGUACGAGCCCCUGCCCAUCAGGACAAAAUCCCAAGCCUACUACACUGAAGCAAAUCCCAAAGGUGGUGUGAGCGUGAAGUCGGUAGAUGAGACAGUGCGCGGGAGGCGGAGCGCUUACUAGGUUGAAGGCACCGGCGGAGGCCCUCACGAAACGCGGGCCGGGUCCCAGGUGGGAGAGUCAGACUUCAGGGGAGGGCGUGCGAGGCCGCCCAUGCGCAGGACUUGGCGGUGCGAGUGUUGCUGUUGGGACAGGUUGCUGGUUGAGCCGCAAGGUCAGCGGCGGUGCUUCAUUGGGGUCACGGGGGAAAAAUUAAAUGAGCUGGGGCCCUGCGGCAUGUGUGCUUGAGUGUCGGCUGAGGACACCCAAGCAUGGUCCUUGGGUGUGUGUUCUUGCUUCCUGUGUCGGCGGUAUGCCCUGCAGUGUUGGCUCGCCCCGAUUAGGGGCGUAGUCUUAGCGUUCACUCAAAAUAGUCCGAGCCGAGGCGUUAUGUCCUUUUUGUACCGUGUGCAUGUCCUAUGUGUACCCUUGUACAGUUUGUAUGUACCUGCACCGAGGUCUCAGAUUCGGUCGGACAAGGUGGCGUAGUAAUUGGUGUUGUGUUUUGAAUACAAUGGCAUGUCGGAAAAAGUAAGAGGCUCAGAGCUCAGAAGACGACCCAAAUGUCGUACAUAUUGGCGGAAAGAAAGUGCUGUUGGCGGGUUUGUCUAGGUGAUUCGUAAUUUCCAUAGCAAUGUCAUUGUAGUGUUGUAAAGCUGGAACCAACGUUUAGCCCAGAAGCCAAGGAUAAGUUGGCUCUUGUUGUGCCUCCCUCAAGGCUGAUUUGCCUAUUGCAAGAAACUGAACUGGUAAAGCUGCUAUUUCUGCUAUAAUGUAGAAAGUUUAGUUGUAAUUCAAUACAAACAGCUUAGCAAAGGCUGCUGCUGCCGCGGCGACCGCAGAGCCAAAAGUGGGCAUCGUCCCGCUACAUUCACAUUUACGUUCGUUCAUUCAUUUCGUUCGUUCAACGGCCACCGCUGAAAAGUGGAUCGCACGACGUGCUCGUUUGGCGUAUUCGAUGCGUCCCUCGCCCGACCUGGCCUUUGUCGCAAUCCUGUGGGCUAUCGCUCUGGCGAUUGCUUCUUUGAUGCCUUUCGUUGGCUGUUGUUCCAGCAACGCGGAGUUGAUGUGGGUGUAUCAGCAGUGCGUCAAGCGGGGAAUGGCGAAUUUCGCCGGUGUUAUGGCGUUUUUGUGGAAGCCUACGCACGAGCGCGCAUAUUGGACCCUGCCACACCGCAUGCAGAGCUUAGGCAGGGGGUUAGCGCGCAGUUCGAAACCGACAAUCCACACGUGUCGCUGGCUGCAAAAACAGCCACGGCCAUUCCUAACGAGCCGAGAUAUGCACGCACCGCUGCAUCAGAAUGCGCCGCUGUGGCUGCUUACUGCACGGACAUGCUAUCGCUGGGAGAAGGGCCUGUGGUCACAGCGGCAUGGGCGAACGAAAACAUCA